AUGUCUCGACGAAUCAUCACAGUAGGCGGUGGUGUCGCCGUGGCCGGUAUUGGAUACUACCUCUACCAGGGCAUGUCAAAGUUUGCAAUUGUCGCCAGACUGCCUGUGCUAACCCUGGGGCAGCCGACGAAUGAUGCUCGCAGCAAAACCCGUGAAUUCGACAACGAGGCCUCUAAGAAGGUCGCUGAGGCAGAGAGCAAGGCCAAGCAAUUCAAACAAGACGCAAGUUCGACUUUCGACUCAUCUCGGAAAGAUGCAUCGAAGAAGAUUGACGAAUUCGAUAACAAGGUCGAGAAGAAGACAUCGGAGGCGAAGAGUGGCAUUUCGAGCUGGUUGGGCUUUGGGAAGUAA